CGCGCAACGGCUGCAGCUUGACAGCGCGAGAGCUGCGCGAGCAGUCCGCGGAGUUUAUAUGUUUAUAUAAAUGAGAUUUAAACGAUAUUGUGCCCCGGUGAUCGCGCUGACAGCACCGUCAUCAGCCCGUACACGCUUCGCGACGCGAUGUUUGACGCGCAGUGACUGCUGACACUAAAGACUGAUGUGUGAUUUGCGCUCCAUUCCUGUCCGCCAACAUGGUAGACGUGGAGAAGCACUACUGUCCCCCGUCCCCACUGGACGACUCCAUGUUGGACAGUCCCUUGAGCAGGGACUUCAUCGGUGGAAUGGAAGAUCUGCAGGACAUCUCUCAAUCCAUCGAUGAAGAUGGGCUCAGCAGCUUCGAAGUCACAGAGAACCAUUCGUCAGGUCUGGGCUCGGGGUCGGAGAGCUCCACCGCGUUAGAUGCCCUUACCCCAGCAUCCAGCCCAUCGUCAGGUGUCUACGGUGGCCCAGCGGGACAGGAAGAGUUCACCUCCACCUCACUGAAUCUGGAGUGCAGGGUGUGCUCGGACCGUGCGUCAGGAUACCACUAUGGCGUUCACGCUUGUGAGGGAUGCAAAGGUUUCUUCCGUCGGACGAUUCGUCUUAAACUGGAGUACGAUAAGUGUGUACGAUGCUGUAAGAUCCAAAAGAAGAACCGAAACAAGUGCCAAUACUGUCGCUUUCAGAAGUGCCUCUCUGUGGGGAUGUCUCACAAUGCCAUCCGCUUUGGGCGAAUGCCACAGUCGGAGAAGCUUAGGUUGAAGGCAGAGAUCCUGACGGGAGAUCGAGAGGUUGAGGACCCUCAGCUGGCCGAUCAGAAAACUCUAGCCAAGCAGAUCUAUGAGGCGUAUCUGAAGAACUUCAACAUGAACAAAUCCAAAACACAAACCAUCCUGACGGGCAAGACCAACACGCCGCCUUUUGUCAUUCAUGACAUGGAGACGCUGCAGUUGGCUGAACAGACGUUUGUGGCGAGGAUGGUGGGCACUUCCGGGGGACUGUUGAAUAAAAACGCCGAGGUUCGAAUAUUCCACUGCUGCCAGUGCACGUCAGUGGAAACGGUAACCGAACUGACGGAAUUCGCAAAGUCUGUGCCAGGAUUCUCCAAUCUGGACCUGAAUGACCAGGUGACAUUAUUAAAGUACGGCGUUCACGAGGCAUUCUUUGCCAUGUUGGCAUCUUGCAUGAAUAAAGAUGGUCUGCUGGUGGCAUACGGUAGCGGUUUCAUCACCAGAGAGUUUCUAAAGAGCUUACGACGACCGUUCAGCGACAUGAUGGAACCCAAGUUUCAGUUUGCGAUAAAGUUUAAUUCCCUCGAACUGGACGAUAGUGAUCUCGCACUGUUUGUCGCUGCCAUCAUCUGUUGUGGAGAUCGGCCAGGGCUGGUGAACGUCCCGCACAUCGAACAUAUGCAGGAGAGCAUCGUUAACAUACUUCAGCUACAUCUUAAGUGCAACCAUCCCGAUAACGACUUCCUGUUUCCUAAACUCCUACAGAAACUAGUGGACCUACGGCAACUGGUUACGGAGCACGCUCACUUAAUACAGGAAAUCAAGAAGACGGAAGACACGUCGCUGCAUCCCUUACUGCAAGAAAUCUACAGAGACAUGUACUGAGUUGAGUUUGGCAAUCUGAGGCUCUCGAACGGAUUGUAGACCAUGAAUGAUUCCUUAUUCUAGUUUAUUUCUGGAAAAGUAUGGAAAAGGACAUUCUCGGAGAGGGACGUUGUUCUUAGGGGCCCUCCAAACGGAUCAUUUUAAAUGGGCCUCACGUGAACCACUAUUCCUAUGAGUUGGUGGGAUUCUGGACAAAAUGCAUGGAAAGGGACUUAAGGGCUCCGAUGGCAGUGUCCAUGUUUGUUGGUUUAUAGAAAAACUUAAGCAAUGCCAGCUGAAACUGGACCUGUUUUUUUUUUUUGUGGUAUUUUAAAAAAAAUGCUUAUUGGCUUGUUUAGGCCAGAAACUGUGAAUAUAAACCCUAAAAUCAACUUCUUCAUACAGAAAUAUUGAUUUUUGUAUUUACACAGUACAUUUUGAUAGCGAGAACUACCAGCCCCACACAUUUUCAGCAAGAACGCACCUAAGUGACUUUACCGUAACUCGUGAAACUGUCGUUUUGUAACGCUACUACCAUAAAACUUGACCUGUCAUUAUUUGUAUAGCUCUCUUAAUCACAUACACUGUAUCCUAAUCAGGCAAAACAAGUUUCCAGCAUCAAGUAAUAUGUCAUUUCACACUGAAAACUAAAAUGUUGUGCAACGUGAUAAAAUCAGCGAAAAUGCUGCGUGACACAAUAAAAUCACAGCCUAAAUUCUGCGGUGCAAUAAAAUCAUCAAAAUACUGAGUGAAAUAUAAAUUGGCAAAAAUGAUAUGUGACGCAUUAAAAUCAGCAAAACUGCUGCGUGACGCAUUAAAAUCAGCAAAACUGCUGCAUGACGCAUUAAAAUCAGCAAAACUGCUGCGUGACGCAAUAAAAUCAGCAAAACUGUUGCGUGACGCAUUAAAAUCAGCAAAACUGCUGCGUGACGCAUUAAAAUCAGCAAAACUGCUGCGUGAUGCAAUAAAAUCAGCAAAACUGUUGCGUGACGCAUUAAAAUCAGCAAAACUGCUGCGUGACGCAAUAAAAUCAGCAAAUCUGUUGCGUGACGCAUUAAAAUCAGCAAAACUGCUGCGUGACGCAUUAAAAUCAGCAAAACUGAUGCGUGACGCAAUAAAAUCAGCAAAACUGCUGAGUGAUGCAAUAAAAUCAGUAAAACUGCUGCGUGACGCAUUAAAAUCAGCAAAACUGCUGCGUGACGCAAUAAAAUCAGCAAAACUGCUGAGUGACGCAAUAAAAUCAGCAAAACUGCUGCGUGGCGCGAGUAAAAAUUCUACUGCGUGAUGAAAUAAAAUAAUAGCGAUAAUAAUGCAUGAUACGCUAAAAUUGCAUUAAAAAUGCAGUGCGAUGUGAUUAAAUCAAACUGAAUAUGCUGCGUGGUGGGACAAAAUCACAGUGAAAUCCCGCGUGAUACGAUAAAAUCUGCGAAAAUGCUGCUUGAUUCGAAUAAAUCUAACAAAAUUCGAUAAAUUACAUCCAAUGUGUGAUGCGAUAAAAACACCUUAAAAUGCUGCGUGAUAUGAUAAAAUCAGCAAAACUGCUAUGUGAUAUAAUAAUAUCAGCAGAAAUUGUGCGUGACGCAAUAUAAUGACAGCAAAAAUGCUGCGACGUGAUAAAAAUACUGUGAAAUGGCGCGUGAUGCAAUAAAAUCAUAGCGACAAUUCAGUGCGAUGCGAUUAAAAUCACAGUGAAAAUGCUGCAUGACGUGAUAAAUUCACAGCCAAUCAGACCGUAUUUGAUGUUUAAUAAGCAGCUAAACGGAGCUUGAUUUAGACCAAUGAGAUUUUAACAUGGGCGGAGCUACACUGGACAACGCGACAAAAUUAGAAACCAAGCAAGCGGCAAAAUACCGUGUUACGUCACAACUGGUUAGGACAAAAUUCACAUUUAUUUGGAAGAGAGGAUUUAUCACAUGCUGCUUUAUUGCAUCACGCCUGGUUAGUAUAAGAUAUUAGCAUCACGGUAACCUGGACAUCGCGACUAUGUUAGCAUAUCAGCGCAACUUUCAAGCACAAGACGCAGUGCCCACAUUCCUAUACCUCAUGACCGAAGCCUUUGGACGUACACUUGAUCUAACAGGUUGUUAUGUGCUAUUAAAUGAAUUAUAUAGCGAUAAAAGGGCAAAGAAAUGACAUAUAUGGGCUGUUUUCAUUUCACAACAUAUUAACGUUACAGCAUUUGCACUGCAAGCAGUUUAUUCAACUCAACAGAAAAACUGGUGAAUUUGCAUAUAUUAUCCCUCUCCCGAAAAUACUCAACUUGAAACUAAUUUUUUCCAUAUUUUCUCUGAAAACCACCGUGCCUCUUCUGAACUUCCAAAAGGGUGCAUUUUCAAACGUUACCUUUCUAUUAAAAGCUAAUUGUGUACAAAUAUACCUGCCGUUAUCUACGUUAACAAAUGCAAAAACUUGUAUUUUAAGUUUUCCGCAUGUCACAAGCUACCCAUCCCAAAGUUGUUAUCCGUUACGGGUGAUAACAGAUUAUCGUCACUCGUAACUUUAAAAGAAUUGCUCAAAUCUUUAGCUACCUUUAAUGCAAGAAACGUUGGGAAAAUAUAUCUUGGUCACUACUCAGGGUGUUCACACUAACAAGGACUUUAGUUUCGAAAAUAUAUAUUUUUUAGAUUUUCCGUUUCCGUUGAUUUUUUUUUAGUUUUAAUUGUUCGUAAAUAGUUUUCGAAAUGUACGAGUUUUAGUUUCAUUUUUAUUUCAGCUUUUUCGUUUUCAUCCCCAACAACACAGCACUGUAAAUACUGUCAAUAUGAGUUUCGCACAAAAUUUCAGAAAGUCAGCAACUGCAACUGUGGUUGGUUGUUUCACACGUCAAUAAGAGAGACGAUUUCGUAUUUUAAAAAAAUCGUAGAUUCGUAAUCGCAACUUCGUUCGUAUUUUAGUGCACGUUUAUAUUGUCAAUUUAGUUUUCACUCAUUCGCAAACUCCCUUUUAUAUUUUAAAUGAACAAAAAAAUAUAUUUUUUACUGCUAGUUGUCUUUGCGAUAGUUUUCGCUAGCAAUAGCAAUAUUAGCUUUGACACUCGCUGAAGGUCUCUAUGUCAGUGAACUUUUGGUUGCUAAUAUGUUCCUACUCAACAAGUUGAAGAACUUUACCGCACCAUAAGAGGUCGCUGUUGCUCAUGUCACCAGAAUUGCUAACUCUAGUUAGCACAAACAUUUAGUUGCUACAAAAGGACUUUAGCGCACUUAACGUGUCAAAUGUUUGAUUUUUAACUGGAGACGAUAUAACUUUGUAUCCCGUUUAUCUUUUGAGGAAUGCUUUGUAACGGCUCGGUAUUAUACACUACGCAAGAUUGUAACUAUAUUGUUAAUUCAAAUGAAUCUUUUUAUACUAAAGCAAAUGUAUCUUUAUUAAUAUAUAGUAGGUAUUGUGAGUUGUAUGCAGUGCGGUGUAAAUAUGUGGAACGUGCAACCCGGUAGCAGCUUGAUUUGCCAUCUAAAGACACUUGCUUGGGAAUUUGUGUUGCAAUUUCCACAUUCCUUUUGAUUUUCCAGUGUGGAAGACCGGCACUCCUUUGAGCGCAAAAUAUUAAAUGGAGCGUGCUGAGCAGUCCCUCCUUUUUUUUUAUGUUGUUAGAUAUUAGCAAGCAAAAUGUAAUGACUUAGAUUAUCUAUACUGCCAUGUGACACACGUCAAGCCAAUCAGCAAAGCACUAUUUGGACAUUUUCGUCAAUUCAUAAUUGCAGUAAAAUCACGUUUAGUGUGCAUUGUUUAUAUUUGUCCUUUUCUCUUCUUUAUUUCAUUUUUGUCUAGUAAUUAUUUUCAAAUCAGUUUAUAUGCUUACAGUAAUGCUCAAUGAUGUAAUGAUGGUUGUUUGAUGUGUAAAUGUGUCAGUUUUAAAACGUUUGAAGACAUUUGAAUGCCGCGAGUUCGUCCUCGCGAAUUGUCACUUGUGAGUAUAAUUAUGUUUGGAAUGGAACGCUACAAUUGACUAAAUACUGUGCAAAAUAUACUGUAGACUGCAUACUACCUUUUAAAAGUAGCGUGCGAUACAGUAUGCAUUAUGCAAUGUAAACUCUUCAAACACAAGUAUGUAAUACUGAUGUCACGUGACCUUAUCGCAUCCGGUUAUUGAAAAUACUAAAACAUAAAAAAUGGUUGGGGGGGGCCUGGGUAGCUCAGUGGUAAAGACGCUGGCUACCACACCUGGAGUUCGAAACCAGGGCGUACCGAGUGACUCCAGCCAGGUCUCCUUAGCAACCAAAUUGGCCUGGUUGCUAGGGAGGGUAGAAUCACAUGGGGUAACCUCCUUGUGGUCGCUAUAAUGUGGUUCUCGUUCUCGGUGGGGCGUGUGGCGAGUUGUGCGUGGAUGCCGCGGAGAAUAGAGUGAAGCCUCCAUACGCGCUAUGUCUCCAUGGCAACGCGCUCAACAAGCCACGUGAUAAAAUGCACAGAUUGACGUUCUCAGACGAAGCUGGGAUUCGUCCUCCGCCACCCGGAUUGAAGGGAGUCACUACGCCACCACAAGGACUAAUGGUGCAUUCACAUACAACGCAAAGCGUUUCACACGGCACGAUAACAUACAAAGUCAAUGCAAAGAGGCGACACAAAUGAAGCGAAUGGCGCAACUCGAACGUGCUAAAUCGCUUCAUUCGCGUAAAAAUUUGCAUUACACGUUGUCGCAAAAGCCUAUCAGCAUUCAGAUUGUCUUAAUGUCUCUGAUGUACUCGCGUAAUAGCAGAAGGAUGAAAAAUUGUAUGACACAACGUCAUACAUGUACAGAGACCGGACGAAAAAUGACAUCGCUUGGAGGAAAGUGAGCGCGUGAAAAUAUGCGCGUCUACUUGAUUCCAGCUAUUGGUUGUACUUUACUAUGAACCAAGUCGUAGAAGCCCCUCCUCCCGUCCUUUUCCGGAAGAGAAGUGGGAAUACUAUUGAGUUCGCGUUAAUCGCGCGAACGCAAGUUUAAACACAAUUUAAUAAUCCAGCGGUCGAACUUGCGCGAGAGCAACGCAAGGCGACAAAUGUCUUCGCGUUGUGUGUGAACGCACCAUUUGAGUGCAUUCAGAAUUGGGAGAAAAUCCGAACAUGACGCAUAUCUCUUCCUGGGCCUUUGAUACAGAUUGUAGAAAAUGUAAUGAGGACGGACGGAGCAGUUUAUGGCACAGCUGGAUGGCGUAUUUUAAAGCAUUGAAUUCAGUUCACAAUAUCUCCCAGAGUAAAAAGUGACAGAGCGUUUUUGUCAUGUAUGCUAACGGAGCAAAUGUAUGCAUCAAGUAUUAAAUUGUAUUUUUGUGUUUAAUUCAUUGAUUAAAAUGAAAUGUUCGAUUGUCACAUUAAAAGUGACACGUUUCUUUUCUUACUAGAAGGGAUUUUAACAAUAUCAGGGAAUUUUGUCACGGUCUUCCCGUAGCCGUAGCACAUGUUACAGUAAUGUACUGUUCUGCCUUUGUCGUUUCUAAUAAAUGCUUGAUUUGAAAAAGCUGGUUGGUGCACAGAUCUGUGAGUUUGUACUAGCUGUUGAUUAUAAGUAUAAUGAUGCACAAACGCAUCAGUGGUGGUGUUUAUUUUCAUUUUUGUUUGUUUGAUUUGUUUAAGAUGGCUUAACAACUAGAUAAAUGUUUGACAAAUGUACGUAUAUAUCUAGUCCUGUCACAAAAUAAAAGGUAUCUUUGUAA